GUUGGGAGCUGUAGUCUCUGCGGAAGGAGCGGGCGGGCCGUGAGGGACGGUUACCUCGGGGUGAGGGUGUCCGCGUUCUAAUCUCGAGCUGGGACGGAGUGGGGGAAAGGUCGGGUGUCUACAAGGGCCGGCGUAGGGGAGGCGGGAGAGCCCGGGUCCCCUUGCAUGCUGACGGGCGCGCGCGGCGCCGCAUCUUCCCGCCCUUUCCUCCUUUCCUCAGGGCGCUCCUUGGGUGGGCAGAGGGAGCGGGGCCGUGCCGCUGCCGGGGCGCCGAGCUGCUCCUCCUUCCCUCGGCGGAAUCGGGAAGGGCACAUCUGAGAUGGCGGAGGGGAGCUCUGCCGCCUCCCGAAGUCGGUGCCGGGAGUGGCAGAGGUGCUCGGCCGCAGCCAUGUAGCCCCGAGCUGGCGGCGGCUCGCGGCGGUCACCCGGUGCGAGAGCCAUGUCCCUGUCCCGCGUGGAGAACCCCUGCUUCCUGCUGUUCCUUCUCGUCUUCCAAGCCGUGUUCAUCCUGAUACUGUACCGAGGUGGAGCCUCGAGCGUGUUCCGAGGGUUUUUGGAGUCGCAGCGCGUUUUGGAUUACUCCAAAAGCCACGACGUGUAUACGAACCUCAGCCUGCUGGUCCCGGUUGGCGGCGGGGCGGCGCUGCCCUACUGCUCGGCGCACUCGCCCAUUGCCGUUGGUCUGUUAACCAUCGCUUUUGACGUGCUCCCCAGUGAAAGAAUGAUCAUCCAAAAAAAUCCUUUUGUUCAGUCUGGAGGCCAGUACAGACCACCUCACUGCUUGGCCCGCUACAAGUCAGCCAUCCUUGUAGCAUACAGUAACCAGGAGAAAUACCUUCACCAUCUUCUCUACUACAUUCAUCCCUUCUUGCAGCGCCAGCAGCUCAGCUAUAGGAUCUACUUGAUUCAGCAGGUGGGGAAUGGCACCUUUAACCGAGCAAAGUUACUUAAUGUUGGUGUCCGGGAAGCCUUGAAGGAUGAAGACUGGGACUGCCUCCUUCUGCAUGAUGUGGACCUGGUACCUGAGAAUGAUUAUAAUCUCUAUGUCUGUGAUGAAUACUAUCCCAAACAUAUGGCUAGUGCCAUGGAUAAAUUUCAGUACAACCUUCCAUAUAAGUCCUUUUUUGGAGGUGUAUCUGCUUUGACUCCAGAGCACUACAUGAAGAUGAAUGGGUUUCCAAACACUUACUGGGGUGAUGGUGGUGAAACCGAUGACAUCGCUGCAAGGGUCCAGUUAGCAGGCAUGAGAAUUGUGCGGAACCCACCGCACCUUGGACGCUACAAAGUGAUGGAUUACAACAGAGAGACAGAAGAGCCUUGGAGAAGGCCUGCUUCCCACCACAACACUGGAAAAACUUGGAAGGAUGAUGGGAUGAACUCUUUAGAGUUCAAGCUCCUUUCCAGAACAAAGCAUCCUCUUUAUACCAACAUUACUGUGGACAUUGGAUAUGUUCCUCCCUUUUCUUAAGAUAAUGAAAACUAAAGUGGAGUUUGGAUUCACUGUGACAGCACAGUUAUGGGUAUUCAGCCUGUACCUCUGGCUGUGGUGCAGAGUCUGCAGCACCUGAGACUAAUCCUGUUGCCUUUCACGCAUUGAACUUUUCUUCGGAUUAUGGGAGACUUUGAAGAAAAGGCUUCAGGAAUGAGGCAUCAUAGCUACAAACAGGAUCUGGCUUAUUACAAAAGUCCUUUAAAAGCACUGUAAAACUACUGAACCAAAUCUACCUGUCAUCCUCAGGCUGGAGAGAGGCUGUCUCCUUGACAGUAAGUUGACCCAAGUUUUCUGGAAACUUUGUUACAUAAUGGGAGGGCUCUGUUCUGCUGCUUACUGAAGUGGUAAGUGGGAUUCAGGCCAUUCUGUCAGUCCUCUGAAAUGCUGUAUUUUGAGAGAGAACUUGCUUGGUGUUGAAACUCAUUACAGUUCUGUGACUAUUCUUUGUGAAUUUGUGUCAAGAAAGUUGAGAUGUUUGUUUGGAUUAAGAUUUUUCUAGAGUAUUUAAUAAGAUUUUUAAUAAAGGAGAAAGUUGCCCUGAAGUUAGAUGAAA